AUGGCUACAGGUGGAAAUGUUGACUCACAACAAUAUACACGUGUAUCAGAUAUUGCCAAUGAACCGCAAAAGAUGUUCAUGCCAAUUGAAGGAUACGAAGAAAUGCCAAUAGUGCCAUUGGAGGAAGCUGUUGCACCACUCCUUUCGAUUUUACCUAAAAUUCAAACUUAUACUUAUGUGGCAAAACAGCGAUGCGAAUCUGUAUCUCCCGAUGGUUUAACUCAGGAUGAAUCAGCUUCAGUCAUUCUUUACUCCAUGGAAUGGGAACCACAUGAAAAAUGUUUAUAUUUUGCCCUCAACACAGCUCUUCGCACUGAAGACAGGAGAAAAUUAAAACCAUGGUUUUUGUAUUUGAAACUUGUUCUUACAGCACUCGAAAAAUUACCAUCCACACGAUGUACUGUGUUUCGUGGAGUGAAUUUAGACCUAGCAAAUCAAUAUACUGAAGGAAAAACAUUUGUGUGGUGGGGAUUUUCUUCAUGUACAACAUCGAUGAGAGUACUUGAAAACGAACAAUUUUUAGGCAAAACUGGCGAAAGAACACUGUUUACUAUCGAAUGUGAUAGUGGCAAAGAUAUUAGUGGUCAUUCGUAUUUUCAAUCGGAAAAAGAAGUUCUUCUUCUGGCUGCUCGACAAUUUACUGUAGUAUCUUGUCUUCGACCAGCACCAGGUCUAUAUAUGGUUCAUUUAAGAGAAAUAAAGCCUCCAAUUACUCUUUUACAACCAGCCACAAAUCAAUCUGUAGACAUUAAACCAAUACCACAACAAAUUCAGACAAAAAAGAAUCAAUAUAAACAAUUUGCAAUUACUGUUGCUGGAGGAAAUAGAAAAGGAGAUCAAUUAAAUCAACUCUGUGAUCCUCAUGGAAUGUUUAUUGAUAAUGAUAAAUCAGUUUAUAUUGCUGAUUGUUCGAAUCAGCGUAUUAUGAAAUGGAAAUUAAAUUCAACUGAAGGUCAAAUCAUUGCAGGUGGAAAUGGACAAGGAAAUCAAAAUAAUCAAUUGCAUGGUCCAAUAGAUAUAAUUUUUGAUGAAAAGAAUAAUUCUUUUAUUGUUUCUGAUUUGCACAAUCAACGAGUCAUUCAAUAUUUUGAUGAAAAUCAAACAAAGCAAAAAAAAUUUAUUUCAAAUAUUUAUUGUUGGGGUCUGACAAACGAUAAAAAUGGAUUUAUUUAUGUUUCUGAUUAUUACAGUCAUGAAGUAAGACGAUGGAAACAAGGAGAUAAAAAAGUUGAAUUAGUUGCAGGUGGAAAUGGUCAAGGAAAUCAUCUUAAUCAACUCAAUGAUCCUACUUUUAUCUUUAUUGAUGGUGAUUAUUCUCUUUAUAUAUCAGAUAAGCAGAAUCAUCGUGUGAUGAAAUGGAAAAAAGGUGCAAAAGAAGGAAUUAUUGUUGCUGGUGGAAAUGGUCAAGGAAAUAGUCUCAAACAACUGUCUUCUCCUUAUGGAGUAGUUGUUGAUCAUUUGGGUCAAAUCUAUGUGGCAGAUUGUCGGAAUGAUCGAGUAAUGCGUUGGGGUGAAGGAGAUAAAGAAGGUGAAAUUGUUGCUGGUGGAAAUGGUAAAGGAAACCAGUCAAAUCAAUUGAAUUUACCUAUAGGUUUAUCAUUUGAUAAUGAAGAAAACCUUUAUGUUGUCGAUAAUGAAAAUCAUCGAAUCCAAAAAUAUGAAAAAAUUUAA